GUGAAGGCCACGGGAGGAUGUGCGCAGGGCGCGGGAGGGUGUGCAGGAUUGGGCUGAUCGUUUGGGCCACGCGAGGAUUCGCAGGGGGGCGGCCUGGGAGAGUGCGCGAAGCUAGGCUCUGCCUGCCCCCCCAGGGUCUUGCCCUUCCCCAGGAUGGACCCCCAGGAAACCAGGUCCUGGCAGGCCCUCUUGAGAUCCUUGAGGCCCAGGAUUCAGUGACAUUUGAUGACGUGGCCCAGUACCUCACAAAAAAGGAGUGCCUGAGACUGGACGCUGAGCAGAGGACACUGGCAUACUACAGGAAUGUGAACUCCGUGGGAGUUCCUGUUUUGAGCCGCCUGGCUCCUCACCUGGUACAAGGCCACUUGGUGCUGGCAUCUGAGCCAUCCCUGAACACAGAUUGAGGUAAGCAUUCCGCUGACAUCUUGGUGACGCAACAGCAGAGAAUGGGUGAAGACGCUCAGCCCCAGGAGAUGGCGUCCACCAGCUACCCGAUGGCCGGUGCACCCAGCCCUGAGGUCAAACAGAGCAGAGACUCGGAGGGGAGUGGGGGGAGCCCCCAGAACCUGCCCAUAGAACAUCACUUUGCAUGUAAGGAGUGUGGGGAUGCCUUUCGGCUCAAGGUCCUCCUUGUGCAGCACCAGAGAAUUCACAGCGAGGAGAAGGGCUGGGAGUGUGGUGAUUGCGGGAGGGUCUUCAGGGGCGUCUCUGAGUUCAACGAGCACCGGAAGAGCCAUGUGGCUGCAGAGCCCCAGCCGGGGCCCAGCCGAGCGCCGGAAGAUGCCAUGGAGGAAAGGGAGCAAAUGGAGAGGGAGGCGAAGCCCUUCGAGUGUGAGGAAUGUGGGAAGAGAUUCAAGAAGAACGCGGGCCUCAGUCAGCACCUGCGCGUCCACAGCAGAGAGAAGCCGUUUGACUGCGAGGAGUGUGGGCGGUCCUUCAAGGUGAGCACCCACCUCUUUCGCCAUCAGAAGCUCCACACUUCCGAAAAGCCGUUCGCCUGCAAGGCAUGCGGCAGAGAGUUCCUGGAUCGCCAGGAGCUCCUCAAGCACCAGCGCGUGCACACCGGCCACCUGCCCUUCGACUGUGACGACUGCGGCAAGUCCUUUCGGGGUGUCAACGGCCUGGCCGAACACCAGCGCAUCCACAGCGGGGCCAAGCCCUACGGGUGUCCCCACUGCGGCAAGCUCUUCCGGAGGAGCUCGGAGCUCACCAAACACCGCCGGAUCCACACGGGCGAGAAGCCCUACGAGUGUGGCCAGUGCGGCAAGGCCUUCCGGCAGAGCUCCAGCCUCCUGGAGCACCAGCGCAUCCACACCGGGGAGCGGCCCUACGGCUGUGGCGACUGCGGCAAGGCCUUCCGGGGGCCCUCCGACCUGAUCAAGCACCGGCGGAUCCACAGCGGACUGAAACCCUACGAGUGUGACAAAUGCGGGAAGGCCUUUCGGCGGAGCUCCGGCCUGAGUCGCCACCGGAGGACCCACAGCGGAGCGAGACGCUGCGAGUGCAGCGAGUGUGGCCGCGUGUUCAAGAGGCGGGCGGCACUGCAGAAGCAUCAGCCAACCCACCAUGACUAGACGAGGCCCCGAGGCCCACGGCCCCACGGCCCCGCGGCCCCGCGGCCGGCGGCGGCUUCCCGCGGGGGGGCGAGUCCCUAGAGGGGAGGGCAGAGUCAAAGGAGACGACCAGUUUUGUAGCGCUUAUGUCUGUUCUCGUCCGGAAGGUUGAACCCAAUUUAUACCGUCACCAGCAAUUUAUAAGUGCACACGUUUCCCAUUUUGCCUGUUGAGAGUUGCUUCUACGACAUUCUAAUUUAUUUUGACUCGUUUAACUGGCAGGAAGUACCCUCAAGGUAUUUGACAUCCACGGGCCUUGAAGCAGGAGGAGAGAAGAGACACCUGCCUGCGGGGGUGAAGGGGCUCGCAGCACCUCUUCUCCAGGCCGCUCCCUCAGGAGCGACUCAAUGAUGGCCUCCGUGUGACGGGACCCAAGCUCUCCUGGAGAGAACAAAGCCCCAGAGUCGUUUGGCCUACUUGAAUUUAUAAAUUUUUAGGGAUGUAAAUAGAAUACUCAAAUGUCUUAUAAUAUUUAAUUUAUUAAUUCAGUUAUACAUGCAUAUUGUAAAUCACAUACUACAUAGAAUAAUAUAUUAAUUUAGAAAAGCCGCCUGUUUUCCCUCACUCCGUUUCACAAGAUCAUUUUAUCCUAAAGCCUCACACGCAACUCUGACCUCACCAUCUUUCCCAACCUCGCAGCCCCCUCUUGAGUCAUCCGACAGUUUCAAAGCACAUCCAAUGGCUUCAACUCAUCUAAGCUGUGUGCCAUGUAGCACUGUGACAAUCCCUGCACAAAGCUCUCGCUAGAAGUUUCCUCCCAAGCCAUAAGUACCUGUUCACAUAACAUUAGGACGAUUGUUGGUUUCUUCAAUUUGUCCUGUAGCCCUACAACAUAACCACUUGAUGUGUUUGCCUUUUCAAAUGACCUUUAAAAGACUUUUUUGAAGCAUCUAUAACUUGUCGUUGUGAGGUCAUACUCUUAUGAAUAAGUACUGAAUCUGGGUUACAUUUCUUUUGCAUCCAUUUUUCUUGAACCAGUUCAUUCCAGUGACUUCCACGUGUGUCCAAAACUAGCAUCGGUUGGGGUCUGUUCCAGGCUAAUAGGUCUUGUCCUCAAGCAGCACUGUUUUCUUCAGAAUUAAAUAGCUGAGGGCACCCCCGUAACAGGGACGUCUCCAGGACUCAAGUAUAAGGUGAUGCCUCUUGUUCGGGAAUGGUAGCCUCUCAUACAGAGCCAGCCCUCUGUUUCGAGCUCUGUAAAACAGGGGCGAUCCCAGGACUACCCCUAAGGUUAUCGUGGGAACUGUGAUGCCACGCCUGGCCCGAAGGCACACACUCAGUGAAGGUCAUCUCCUGUCAUCACCAUAAUUAAUGCCGUCAUCCUAUGACUCAUUAGUACCAGAACUGGGGAUGGACCCAGGCCUCCUGACUCCUAGUCUCAUCUUCUUUCUCUCGUGCAAUGACUUUAAUACUGUUCCUGUUUCCUUGCAUGCAAACCGUACGUUCAUCUCCUUUGACCAGUUAUCAAGUUACCUUUGGACAUAAUGACUUUAUACAGCAGUCCUUUCUACAUCGAUUGUGACGGUCUCUUUUCCAGUUUUAUUGCUUUGCUCUUUGGAGCAGUUUUAUUACAUUUUUGUUGUGCGAGCUCUUAAUUUUUACAUACCCGGGCAUUCACUGUUGUCCGUGAAGCCGUAACUUUCAUUGCUUCAGUAGUUAGAUAUGAUGAUGUUUUUUUCUAGAAUUUUAAUUACAAGUGAAAAGUUGAAAGCCCUGCCCCACCAGAAGGUGGAUGCACCAGGUGGGCAGGCUGGAUGGGAACGGGCCCCAGAAGCAGGCUCUCUCCUCAUCCACGAUGUGGACUCUGCAUGUCUGUGGGCAGUACUUGACUAUCCAACCUGGCCACUCAGACACGCGAGAGAAACUUCCAUCUCGGAUGGCCAGAACAUUCUGACUGUUCCUCAGUAUAGCCCUACCUGGCAGCAGCAGGGCUGGGCCUCAACUAGAUCAAUGGGGCGGUCCAAACGUGGUCUUGGCCACAGCUGGCUGUCCUCCAAGCUCCAGGGAGCUUUGGCCAUGCCCAGCACGGAUUCAGUGCUUGAGCAGCAGACCCACCAGAGACACAUCUCCUCGAACACAAGAAGACUCACUUGACCGAUGCUGUCAUGUGGAUUGCAUCCUCCUCCUAGCGAGUGACUCUGGAACUAGAAAGAGGUCAGUUUGGUGGCUUUUGCUUUGGGCAACUAGGGGGAAAUUCACCCACGUGUUCUGAUGUUACCUCCCGCAGCCACACCCAAGGAGCAGCAGAGCAAAGGCUCGGAGAGGAACGGCGCCCCUCCAAUGCCCGGUGUGGCCUGGUGAUAGAAGCUGGCCACCACGGGCCUGGGCUGUGACUUGCAGCAGCCAUGCCCGGGAGGGGUGACAGAAGAAGGGUUUGGAGGGCACCGAUGCCUUUCUGACGGCCCGUGUGGCAUAGAAAUAGAAGCUGGUCAUCCCGGGGCCAGGCUGUGGCUUCCAACAGUCUCCCCCGGGGGGAACAGCAGCAAGGGCUGGCCAGAAACCUGGCCCCCGGUGGCCUGCAGAACCCGCAGGUAGAAGCCAGCCAUGCUGGGGCUGUGGUGUGACUUCCCAGCAGCCGCGCUUGGGGGGCCUCUCGAGGGCCCACAGAGGAAGCGUACGCUUCUGAUGGGCCCGCCAAGGCUGAGGCCGAGCUUCCUGGCAGGCACAUCUGGAAGAGCUCCUCAGGACCCCAUCCUGGGAAGCAGGGUCCCAUGGCGACCCCUGUGACCUUAGCCAGAAGGUCCUCUGGAAUGGCCCCCCGGGCCACAACCGUGGCUCUCUGUGACGUCUCCAGCCUGACCCUCAGGCUGGAGAGAAGCCAACAGCACCUGUUACAUAGCAACUCCUUUUGCUCUGUGGGCUUCAGUUCUCGCAGUAGUUGUGAAACUGUGUCUGCCAUCACCGCUUCCUUCGGCAUCAGUUUUCUCUCUUCAAGCUGUCAGGACGUGUUUGACACCACUGUCAUUCGGGAAAGAAUUUGACGUUCACGGGGGGCAAGUCUGGCAGCUUUCACUGGGAGCGCUCUGCCAUUUCUUGCUUGUUCGCUAGCCAUCUGUCAGGUUUUAUGAAGGAUCCAGAUACAGUAUUAACUCAGAACCUAGCAUUGUCGUCACUGCUCCCUCUCUCCCAAGCCAGGACAUGGCAUCCUGGCAUCCUGGCCGCCUGUCCUGCCCUCCUUGACUUUUUUCCAUUCCCUGUUCUAUAAUUUUCUCCCAAACCCUCUUCUAGAGUUAACACUAAAGACCGCAUCUUCUCUGUCACUGUGUUUGCGGGUGAAGUCUGUGCUCUCUCCGGCGCAAGCAGUCUGUGGCUUUAAUGUGUGUCCUGUAGUUGUGCCAAGCUCAGUUUUUGCCUCUGGUAACUUGGGGGUGGAUUUCCUUGGCUUCUGUAGGUAUACUGCUACAUCAGAUGCAAAAUGUGAUCAAGCUUCCUAUUGUGUGGGCUCGUCUAUGCAUUUGUGUAUCUACCUCAUUUCAUUUUUUCUUUCUAAUCACCCGUAUUUCUUUUGCAAGGGAAAUGAAGAGCAGUUGGGUUACAUAGAAUGCCGACUCGCGUUAGAAAUAUAUCCUUUUCUUAUAUUCUGAAAGAAACCUUCCAUUGCUUUUAUUAAAGUUUUGAAUACUUGCUGAAAUUUUUAAAUGAAAGUUCCUGUUUACCAUUUUUGCUGCUUAUUAAGAUUAACUGUGUUGAUUAGUUGUGUCGUACCCACUUCUGCAUUUCCAGAAUGAGCCCCACCCAAUCACAGAGGGUACCUUUGUCUCACAGUGUUGGCAUUCCACGUGCUCUGGGCUUCAGCCCUGUUGUGUGCCCUGUGACCCUCACUCCCCUUCCAGGCCACACUAAUCAAACCAGAACUGAACACUUGACUCAAGGGCAGCACCUUGUCAUCGGAGCUGGCUGGCAACGACAGGCUGGGCCUUUCGGGUUCUCUGUGAAGUGCAAACAAGAAAAACGAGAGAGAAUCUUCUCGUUGGUACUGGAAGGAAGAGGGAGCCACGCAGCAUUUAGGGGAGUUGACCCGAUAGGUGGCACCAGCUUGAAGAUCCUGCUAAGCACUCCAGAGCUGUCUCCCUGAGGCAGUCCAGGCCCCAUCAUGUUCUUGGAUUUCUGGCAACUGCCCUCACCAGUUCAUUUGUGUCCCCACCAGAGACUCCCUUGACCUGAGCCAGCCUGAUUGGGUCUCUGCUUUUUGCAAUCUGUCAAGAGUCAAUUGCCUUUUACCAGUUGGCUGCUUCCUGAGAAGAAUCACAUGGCUGGUUUCCCUCAUGUUCUACCUGACUCUAGUUCCUGGCCCGAGUCCCACCUGACUGUUGUAGACACCUGUUUAAAUGUGGUACUCUGUUCACUCAGAUGGGGAAAACCUAUGCCUUUUAGUCUCAGUGAGUUUGACCAAUGCCUCUGUCCGGGUGUUCCUGUACGGAUCCCAUGUGUGCCCCAUGAAAUGAUUUAAGUCAACACCCACCCUGUUCUUUAUUUUGGAAGUGUCUCGCUACUUCCAGAAAAUCUGUGAGAUUGGGGAAUUGAGAAUUUCUCUAUUACUAGCAUACUCACAUUCUGUACUUCUCAUGGUAUCAGUUUAGCUGUUUACUUUGGAAACUAGAAAUGGUCUCUUUUAACUUGGCCUUUAAUGUUAUUUGCAUAUCUAAGAAGAGUAGCUGUGUCCGCCCCAGUCCACGGUUCAUUUGUUGGCGCUUUUUUCUCAUCCCUCCCUGAUCUCCUUAACUUGUCUGUUUUAUGGCACUUACUAUAAUCAGCCUUGCACUAGAGCUUCGCCCUCCCCACCCUCUCCCACCUGUUAGAUUGUGAGCUCUUAUAAGACAGGGGUGACCCUUCAUGUCUGAUUCCCCUACCAGAUCUAGCACAGUGCCUUGCAUCAAGUAGAUUUCAAUAAAUAUAUGUUAAAUGGCA